UCCGUCCCAGUCCAUCCCAGUGACCCUGUCCCUGGUGCAGCGUACAACGACAGCGUGCAGGCCGCCCGCAAUGCCGCGUGCGCGGCCGGGCGCUACAACGAGCAGCCCGACGACGCGGUGCCCAACUACCCCAAGCGCGCGUGCCGCUUCGAGCGCUCGCGCCUCGGGCCCUGCGCCGGCCUCGGCCCCCACGGCGACUACGGCUACGGCAGCGGCCGGCCCUGCGUGCUCGUCAAGGUCAACCGGGUCAUCAACUUCUUCCCGGGCAAGAACAAGAGCAUCAACAUCGUCUGCGCCGCCAAGCGCGAGGAGGACGCGGCCCUGCUGGGCCCCAUGCAGCUCUUCCCCCCCAACGGCACCAUCGACCUCAUGUACUUCCCCUACUACGGGAAACGCGUCCACGUGAACUACACGCAGCCGGUGGUGGCCGUGCAGUUCUCCAACGCCACGGCCAACGUCUCCCCCGCCGCCGCCGCCCCCCGCUCGGGUCUAAUCGCCCGCCCCGCCCCCGUCGGGAUGCUCCUAAUCUGA